UUCGUGGCUGUCGCUCGGAUGGCAUUCCCUCCACAGCCAGGACGCUCGGUUCCGGCACUGGCCGCGGCCAUACUCGUCCUCCACUGGCUCUUGCUUCCAAGCGUCUCGUUCGUCCAAGCACAGGAAGGGCGGCUUGUUGGCGGGACCGCACAGGUGCAGCGGAUCAUUGAUCUCGUGAGCUGGGCGCGCAGGGCUGAGAUUGAAAUGGCGCGCGUCGACAUUCGACCGUCCACAGACACGUCCGCAUCCGCCAAGUUCCUGUUCGAAUCAAGGGGGCUGGGACUCGUGCUCAAUGCUCCCGCUAGACGUGGCGAGGCGAUCGUGACUUUGCCACCGCGUGCAAGAUUCCGAGUGCCAGCUUUCGACUCGGCUCUCCGAUCGUUGAUUGAUGAAUUCAACGAACAACACGACAACGCAAUCGAUCCAAUGACGGCGUUGGCAUUGGGCUUGAUGUACGAGCGGAGCCGUGCCGAUUCGCCUUGGCGUGCCUGGCUUCGAAUGCUUCCUGAUCCGAUUGAAUCCAUGCUUGAGUGGAAUGAUGUCGAGCUGUGGCCAGUGGAGCAACUUUACGUCAAAGAAUUGCGCGAGGAGCGUAUUCGCAACCUCGAGGCUGUGUACGAGAGCGUCAUCACUCCCUUUAUCGACACCUACGAAAGUGAUCUCGUCGGCGUGGACUUUACCAUCGAGGCUUUUGUAUGGGCUGCCGUUAUUGCACAAACGCGCGGGCUGCACGAGUCCGAGAAGAAUGGCCUGUCCCUGUUGCCAAUCGUCGACAUGAUCAAUCACCACCGAGAACCGAAUGCGGUCGUGGUGGCCAGUGGACCAAACAUUCUCGUCCGGACGAAAACGAGCUUGAAAGCUGGAGAGGAGAUUACAAUCGACUACGAAAUGUCUUCGCAUGUAUUGUUGCUCCUGUACGGGUUUGUUGAAAUGUCCGAGAAUCUCGAUUUCUAUCCCAUUCGCUUGAGUUGGGAAUCAAAGGACAUUGAUUACCCGCGGCGGCUGCGUCUUCUCGAGGGUCGCGGCCUCUCCAGUCCUUGGUACGAGUUCCGUCUCUGGCCGUCUAUCGACGAACCGAUCGACGAUGAUUUGCAAUUUGCGAUGCGCGUCAUGGUCGCCAACGAACACGAGCUCGCCAUUCUCGAGCAGCGCGAGAAAGCGGCCUCGCCAGAUGCCAACAGCGAAAUUUCAAUUGCGCAUGAGCGUCGCAUGUUGCGUCGCCUGCUGCAGCAAAUUCACGAAGCAUGUCCUGUGCAACACGCUGAAAUGGACGCUCUUCGAACCUAUGGCCUCCAACACCAUGAGUGCUACCGAUGCCUCUCAUCGUUUGCGUACGCAGUUGCUGCAAAAUCAACCAUCAUCACGGUGCGCGACGCGCUGACCAAGCGACUCGAUGAGCUCGAGCAGCCCCAGGCAUCUGUGGCCGAGGACGGUAACCCCCACCGAGACUGGAUGGAGCCGGAUACAAUCGCUCCCGCUGACCAUGCACCAUUCUAUGACGAAGACGCCGCAGUGCAAGUACAGCAAGUGGUAUACCUGCCACAACACGAGUUAUGAAAAAUGUAUCAAUCCAUCUUGUUCAAACACGAAUUUUAUCGAGA